GUGGAGAAUAUCAAUACUUGUCUGACACAUCUCGCCGGACUUGGGAUCAGCAUAGAAGGUAUUUGUGCUAAAGAUAUCAAAAAUGGAAACCUAAAGUCAAUACUAGACCUCUUCUUUAGCCUGUCUCGAUACAAACAAGAACAAAAGGUCUUACAGCCACCACAACAAUCACGUAAGCAUCACAAAGGCUACAAGCUACCAGGUGACCCUCAUCAUCAGCUGAAACAACAACAACAACAACAACAACAACAGAGUCAGGAAUCAAUCUGUACGUCACCUGCAACAUCUCCAUCUGAGACUAGCAUUCAUGUCAUCGAUAACUACGACCUUGAAGAUUCAUCAAACGAUGGAAUCGGGAUCAGCUAUGAAGACACAGUGACAAG